CUAGAGUUGGGAAGGUUUUCUAUUAUUUGCCACCUGGGCUGACAUUGAGAAGGUCAAACAACAGCUGUGCAUACCGACAUGAUGAUCGUGACUGCCCUGGUCGUGGCGUUUCUGUAUGUGUGCUCCGUAGCGCCAACCGAUGGUCACAGCCUAUUUAAACGGCGCCUGGACCAAUUCGGAGAGAUGGUACACCUGAAGACAGGCCGAGAUUCUCUGGACUACAACUCCUAUGGCAACUACUGCGGUAUCGGGGGUGGAAACACGCCGGUAGACAACAUUGACAGAUGCUGUAAGACUCAUGACGCCUGCUAUUACUCGGUAAACCGGAACCAGUGUUCAGCCGUGAUCAAACUGAAGCCCUACCUGGAGGGUUACACCUGGCACAACAAUAACGGACAGAUCACCUGUUCUACACAGGAUGAACAAUGUAGACAGGCCACUUGCCAUUGUGACAAAGAAGCUGCGGAAUGUUUCGGCCGGUACAAGGACGAAUAUAACAGAGACAACCUCAAAAACAUCGGCAAACUGCUAUCAGAUAUACAACACCUUCUUGGCUGAAUCAAAAUAA